CCCUCUUAUUGAAUGCUAAAAUAACCAAAAUAUAUAUUUAUUCUUUUAUUUUUGCCCUAAACAGUGUAUUACUGUUCGCUAUGCCCAAAUCGACAUACCUGAUUUUAUUGUUUCAUCUCUUCUCUCUUACGUUCUUUGAAUUAUGUAGAACAUCGUAUCUUUCUUUCUUCUGUCACCUUUCCCUCAGCCUUUGCAUAAACUCUUAAUUUGGAGUCUUCUAAAAAAUAACUUUAAUAUCAAUGCAAAUAUUUUUGUAACUUUUUUGUAACUUUAACUUUAGCACGUAAAUCUGUUGCUUCAUUGUACUCUGAUAUGUUCUGGUGACUACUAAAACGUUAUAGUUAAUUCUAUCUUUUAGAAUCUAUCGUCUGUUGUAUUUUACCAGCGCGUAGAGGAUUUUACGACACCUUCCGUCGCUGUACGGCAACGCUCUUCACUUUUUUUCCAAAACAGAUGCGGUGUCAAAGUGUUGAAACUGCUGUGUUACAUAAAAGUGCGUCAACACACUUUACGUAACACAUCAGAAAUGAUAAUUACCUUCCAAAUCCAAACGGCAAAUGUUGUUGUUUUAACCUUCUGCCUUCACCUGAUUUCCCCUGGGUCCGUGAACGUAUCUCGCUUAUAGAGCGUACGUGUACCCUGAGCGGGAGCCAAGGAUGAGCUCAGACCUUCAGCAGGAUUUACAUUUAUUUAUUUAUUUCCUACUGCGUAUGACGGACGCUUCAAACGUGAUUAACACCAAGGUGACAGUGCUGUGGAUUCAAGGCAAUAAGAUAACGGCUUACUGCUAUUUAUAGGCGCUUUGUGUGCAUACAGAGCCACACUGCUGCUGCUGCUGCUGCCCCGUGCUACAUCCAGGUGGGAGGAACAGCUUCCCCGUUUUUGCCUCCGAAAAAAAUGACAAGACUUCUCCUCGGAAGUGGUGCAGCAGGGCUGGAUUUGGCUCCUCGUCACCUGCACUGCACAGUCGGUGCUCUGUGCUUGGACGGUUAAAUAAGACGAGAGGACGAGGACUGGAACGCGAGGAUAACGGGAAGAGAAGAUACUGAGGGAAGGACGGAAGUGGGAGUGAGGGAGGUGUGGAGGGCAAUUCAUCAGAAAAAGGAGGAGGGAGAGGUUGAAUGGCAGAGGAGGCAGUGGUACAUUCAGGCACAGUGGGUUUCACUGCAGUAGAAUGAGGGUGAGAGCGAAGCGCCUGAGCUGCCAGCGAUCUGCAGGACCCGUCGCUUUGUGAGCACAGCCAGAAAAGGACUCCACCGUGGAGGCGCGAAGGAGAAGGAGGAGGGGGGCCGAGGAGGAGGAAGCCAGAGGUUCUACACACAAGAUGGCUGCUGUGUCCUCUGCCUCUGACACUGGUGACCCCAGGGCCCGGCACCCUCCCGAGCGCCGGCUGCUCAUCCUCGGGGGCCCACAGUCCGGCAAGACCUCCUCGGCCAACACCGUCCUGGGGGACAAGGUGUUCGACGCCGGCGCCGAGACCACCCACAGCAACGUGGGCCAGACCGAGAUCUACGGGCGGCGCGUCACCGUGGUGGACACGCCCCCGUGGGCCGUCCCCCGCGACCCGGAGGAGGACGGCGAGGCCGAGAGCAACGAGGACGCCGGCGCCGAGUCGGACGCGCCGGCGCCGCGGCCGCCGCCCAGCCUGGACAGCGAGGGCCCGUGCAUGGGCGCCAUCCUCUGCCCGCCCGGACCCCACGCCAUCCUGCUGGUGGUGUCGGUCACGCAGCCCUUCGCCGACGCCCAGAGGAGGGCGGCGGAGGAGCAGCUGGGAGCGCUGGGCGGCGGCACCUGGAGGUACUCCAUGGUGCUGUUCACCGGCGUGGACCAGCUGCCCAAAGGCGUGUUCAUCGAGGAGCACAUCGCCAACACCGGGGAGGCGCUGCAGUGGCUGGUGGAGCGAUGCGGAAGCAGGUACCACGCUUUCGAUAACACGCGCAAGGAGACGGAGGACAACACGCAGGUGCCGGAGCUGAUGGAGAAGGUGGAGGAAAUGAUCACUGACAACCAAGGCUGGUACUUCGAGGUGAACGAGCUGAUCCUCCUGGAGGAGGAGCAGGCCAGGAGGGCGCUGGAGGAGGAGCGCAUGAGGAUGGAGGAGCACGCCAGGCAGAGGGAGCAGAUGAUUGGAGGCCCUCCCAGAGAACUGCGGCUGCUGCUGCUCGGCUGGAAGGGCGUGGGGAAGAGCUCGGUGGGGAACUGCAUCCUGGGCCGCCGCUACUUCGAGUCGGGCCAGGAGACGGACCUGUGCCUCCGGAGGCAGGCGCUGGUGUCGGGCCGGCGCGUCACCAUCGUGGACACGCCCGGCUGGGACUGGUUCUCGGUGCGACGGACCCCCAAGCGCAUCCGGCAGGAGUCCCAGCGCGGCGCGGCUCUGCUGCGGCCCGGGCCCCACACCCUGCUGCUGGUUCUGCCCGUGGUGUCCUCGCUCACGGCCCGGAAGCGCCGGACGCUGCUGGCCCACAUUGAGACGCUGUUCGGCGACAGCGCCUGCCUCCACACCAUGGUGCUGUUCAGCUGCGGCGACUGGCUGGGCCGCACGCCCAUCGAGGAGCACAUCCUCAGGGGCGGCCGCGAGCUGCAGAGACUGCUGGAAUACUGCGGGAACUAUUACCACGUGCUGGACAGCAAGACGCCCGGCAAGGACAGGAGCGUGUCCGUGCUGCUGGACAAGAUCGAGGAGAUGAUCCGGGAGAACGGGGACAAGGCCUUCCUCCCCAUUCAGGACGAGUGGCUGAGCGAGGAGAGCUCCUACUCCUCCGACAACACGGAGCCGGAGGACGACUGCCGGGGAUGCCAGCUGCAGUAGCCGCCGCCGGGACCGGUUGGGGGUCUUCAGCGGGCCCAGCUCACCUCAUACUGAACCCGAACCUCAUCCAGAUGUCCCUCGUCAAGAGUUUUAGGGAAGAAGAAGAAGAAGCCGCUGGUUAGAACUCCGAGCGCUGCCGUGAAGGAGACGCCCCACAAACCCGGGGGGGGGGGGGUCAUAAGCAUGCUCACAGAACUCAACUGCUGCUACAGAGACCCUGAUCCCACACUGCGGAGUAAAUACUUACUCAUCGCUAUAGGUCCAACAGCUAAAUCACUGUAGGAGCCAGACCUAAGGGGAAAAGGAGCAAUAGAGGAAGUGAGGAUCCGCGUCUGCAGCAGCUUCGUCCCAAAAGAAGUCUGUUUCCAGCUGUUGCAUCACGUUGAACGAAUAGUAUUAUGUGAACAUCCUCUUUAUGUUAUGUGUUUCCAGUCGGGGAUUCAAAGACAGACGCUGCCUCUGGGCAGGUUGAGCUAUAUGAGUAAUACUUCAUUUGAUUUGAUUCUGCAAUAUGUGCCAAACAACAAUAAUUUAUGCUGGAAUAUGUUCGCUGUCGUGUAAGACCAUAAUUCAGGACGAUCUCGGUUUGUUUGUGCGGUGAAGAGCUGUCGUGCGAGGGAUAUUCAUUAGCAUCUAAUUAGUUCUGCUCAGAGAGUCACAGUCGAAUUGAUUCCUCUGGAGCAAAAUCGGACUCGUUCGCCAACAAAUCUGCAGACGUGCGUUUUGUCGUCUUUGUUCUGUUUCCUGGAGCAGGAACAGCGCGGACGUGGGUGAAUCUUCAUUUUGGUCGCCCUGUGCUGUGGCUUCCUGCUCUAAAGCACUGAGACUCCUGGACGCCUCCGCCCCCUCUGCCUGAGGUCAGGUGUGGACCGAGUGCCUCAGCAUCAAAGCGUGAGGAUCCUUUAGUCUACAUCAAGCUUUCGCAUGCUACACCAACAACAUAACCUCAUGAACCAUUCAAGCUCCGGGCUUUUACUACCUUUUUCUACACCAUCUGACGUCCGCAGCGAUGUUUUGCAGAAAUGAAAUAUUUAUACUCGGCUCUCGGAGGCAUGUUACGACGCCGCAUGCAGAUAAACGAGUGCCUGUAGAGUCGAAGGCAGCCUCACAUCGCGUUCCUCUGACUCCAGCUGAGCAGCUCUACGCGGAUCACAACCUUCUACCUUUACAACAGCAAAAAACAAGAAUAAUCUUAGAAAAGAAGCAUCACCCGAAACCGAAUAGCAAACUAAUGUGACCGACACCACUGCCAUGCUGUAUAUGUACAUUUUCUACAACGACACCUCCACCUCUAGCUCCUCGAGGCUUCGUGCUCCAUCUAGUGACGUAGGCGACCGCAGCAUGACUUGACGGUUCCACGCGAGGACGACCCGAGCGCUCAUCCGGACUCUUAGAGCCGGUUCCACCCGUGAACGUGUAGAAGCAGCGUGUAUUUACCGUGUUCCACCCUUUUAGCGAGGCGUUUCACUGUGUUCCACUUUACUGUAGCCAAAGUGACGUAACCUCCCGUGUGGUCCCGCCGCAACUUUGCAUCAGUACUUUGUCCAUCCUAUAGUAAUAACAAUAAAAGAUGUGGGUAUAUUGUUGUGCA